GGCUCGGAAUCCUUCAUCUUCAGCAUCAGCGCCAUUAUCAAGUAGGCGCUUGUGCGUCAAACGUGGACGUGGAUUAAGCAAGCGUGGAAUUCCUUUCAUUUGCUCCCUUCCUUCAUUGCAAAUCCACCAUUCGUGCUCUUUCUUCUUCCCUUUUUUUAUUUUUAUUUUUUAAAUUUUUUUUUCAGCGUUUCCUUGCUGCUAUGGACUGUACGUCGGACAAAAAGGGAUUUAUUCUAUUCCUAAGAGACGCAGCGGACGGAUGAAGAUCAGCGAGCAGCACAAUAUUCACAUGCAUGGUAAAUGUUGUCAUAGGUGCAGAAUAUUGUCUUGCAUCCCGGGUGCUGCCUUCUUUAGCGUCAUCGGGUCUCGCUAAAAAACAAGCACCAGUCCUACUCUUCAAUGCCACCUUCCAAAAGUAGAAAAAUGGAAAGCCUUUUCAUCGACCGGCUCGGUUAACUCUUGAGGAAUGACGAAGAAGGAUGUACCGUCAUUAUCGGAUUCCUGAGGAAUACUGAAUUGAUCGACGGGAUAUUGCAUUGACAAGAGCACGCCUGGGUGUAACAAGCUGACCUUUGAUCUUUGGAUUAGUCCUGCCGUCAUUGACUCCCGUUUUGAGUAAUUUCAUGUGAGGAUGUCACAGGUGAGUACGUACCAGGCUGAUUGAAUUGCGACAAACUAAUGAGCACAAACACGGCGAACAAGUUUGGAGUAAUGGCUCGGUGGGGGCAACAUCCAAGGACAGGCUGCCGACUACUCCAGCUCUUGGCUUUCGGCAGAAAAAUGCGAUACAGUUUGGAGCGUCACGCUUACAAAUGUCGCUCUUUGAUCUGGGUGCUUCUACUUCUGAGCCACGCGUGUGCGGCGGAGGCCGACAAACCGGACGACAACGACCUGGUGGUGACGACCCCGUACGGCAAGCUGCGUGGGAUCAAGAAGGAGUUGAACAACGACAUCCUGGGGCCCGUCGUGCAGUACCUGGGCGUCCCCUUUGCCGCCCCGCCCACAGGCGCGCGACGCUUCCAGCCGCCCGAGCCCUUGGCGCCGUGGUCGGAGAUCCGCAAUGCCACCCACUUUGCCCCGGUGUGCCCUCAGAACAUUGUGGACGGACGCCUUCCGGACGUGAUGCUGCCUGUGUGGUUCACCAACAGUAUCGACGUGGUGUCCGCCUACGUCCAAGACCAGAGCGAGGAUUGCCUCUACCUUAACAUCUAUGUUCCCACUGAAGAUGGUCCCAUUACAAAGAAACACUCUGAUGAUUUAGGUGAUAAUGACCGCGCAGCAGACGAAGACAUAAGGGAGAGUGGAAGCCCCAAGCCAGUGAUGGUUUUCAUCCACGGUGGAUCCUACAUGGAAGGAACUGGAAACCUGUUUGAUGGCAGCAUCCUGGCCAGCUAUGGAAAUGUCAUUGUCAUAACAGUCAACUACCGCUUGGGGGUCCUAGGAUUCCUGAGUACUGGUGACCAGGCAGCCAAAGGGAAUUAUGGCUUGUUGGACCAAAUCCAGGCUCUUCGGUGGACCAGUGAGAAUAUUGCAGCCUUUGGCGGGGAUCCAUUACGCAUUACUGUGUUUGGUUCAGGAGCCGGAGCCUCCUGUGUCAAUCUUCUCACGCUGUCUCACUACUCCGAGGGCAACCGCUGGAGCAACUCCACCAAAGGCCUGUUUCAGAGGGCCAUCACCCAGAGUGGCACAGCGCUCUCAAGUUGGGCUGUCAGCUUCCAGCCAGCCAAGUAUGCCAGAAUGCUGGCCCGCAAAGUCGGCUGCAACCUGGAGGACACGAUAGAACUUGUGGCGUGUCUUCAGAACAAACCUCACAAAGAGUUGGUCGAUCAAGACAUCCAGCCGGCUCGGUACCACAUUGCCUUUGGACCCGUCAUCGACGGCGACGUCAUCCCUGACGACCCUCAGAUACUCAUGGAGCAAGGUGAAUUCCUGAACUAUGAUAUUAUGCUCGGAGUGAACCAAGGGGAGGGUCUUAAAUUUGUGGAGCUGAUCGUGGACAAUGAAAACGGUGUUCAGGCCAAUGACUUUGACUAUGCCGUGUCUAGCUUUGUGGAUGAUCUCUAUGGCUAUCCUGAGGGUAAAGACAUACUCCGGGAGACCAUCAAGUUUAUGUACACCGAUUGGGCUGAUAGACACAACCCAGAGACACGCAGGAAGACACUGCUGGCCUUAUUCACAGAUCACCAGUGGGUGGCGCCUGCUGUGGCCACAGCUGACCUGCACUCAAGCUUUGGGUCACCCACGUACUUCUACGCUUUCUACCACCACUGUCAAACAGAACAGGUGCCACCAUGGGCAGACGCAUCUCAUGGAGAUGAGAUCCCAUAUGUCUUUGGUCUACCAAUGAUUGGACCCACCGAGUUGUUUCCCUGUAACUUCUCCAAGAACGACGUGAUGCUGAGUGCCGUGAUGAUGACGUAUUGGACAAACUUUGCCAAAACCGGGGACCCUAAUCAGCCUGUGCCACAGGACACCAAGUUCAUACACACAAAGCCCAACCGCUUUGAAGAAGUGGCAUGGACACGCUACAACCAGAAGGACCAGCUUUACCUGCACAUCGGCCUCAAACCUCGAGUCAAAGAGCACUAUCGCGCCAACAAGGUGAAUUUGUGGCUGGAGUUGGUUCCUCACCUGCACAGCCUUAAUGACGUCACCCAGCUCAUUCCCACCACCACGAAGAUUCCUCCAUCGGACACCGGCAACCGCACCCCCAAGCCAAAGGUGCCGGUGACCAAGAACCCCAGCCCGACCCCGUUUCCCACCGAGACCGAGGACAGCCAGAACCAACCCCACCUGGUGGACCACCGGGACUAUUCCACCGAGCUGUCGGUGACCAUCGCCGUGGGCGCGUCCCUGCUCUUCCUCAACAUCCUGGCCUUCGCCGCCCUGUACUACAAGAAGGACAAGCACCGCCACGACAUCCACAAGCGCUGCAGCCCCCAACGCAGCGCCGCCAACGACCUGGCGCACACCCAGGAGGAGGAGAUCAUGUCCCUCCAGAUGAAGCAGCGCUCCGACCUGGAGCAGGACUGCAGGCCGCUGGCCGACGCCCUGAAUCCCCACGACGUCUUGCUAAGGACUACCUGUCCCCCGGACUACACCUUGGCCAUGAGGCGGUCCCCGGACGACAUCCCUCUCAUGACGCCAAACACCAUCACCAUGAUCCCCAGCACCAUGGGACGACUCAGCGCGCUCCAGUCCUUCAGCGGCUUCCCCGGCGGAGGACAGAGCAAAACUCUGCCUCACCCUCACUCCACCACGCGGGUAUAGCCCCGGACACGCCCACUCGGACCUGCUUCGGAGCAGGCGGGAGACGUCACUUUUGUAAACCCACAAGUACAGCAGGAAGCGGUCAACACAUUUGGGAAAUAUUUGUCAGUCUUUUUACGGGACAGGACAGUAGGUGCGGAUUCUCUCGGACACCUUUUCAUUUCCAUCCAUCACGGCAUGUCCACGGACGCGAGGGGACUCUUUGUCUUUCUUCAGAAGACAGGAAAAAUCUUUGAAACACAAUAUGCACAAUGAGAACCUUAAGAGCAGUUUUUAGCUGAAGCGUGUUAGAAAAGGUCAUUCUGCACUUUGAGCGUCCACUUCUAGUCUUUCUAUUCUACUCAAGGACGCCAAGGCCGGGCAGUCCGGGGACCGACUGGCAACCGCCUCGGACGUCCGCGGAGACUCAAAAGGAUCAUUUUCGCCCUCCCUCCCUUUUUCAUCCUUUUGAUUUUGCUUCCUGGUCGGCUGGUGAGAAGGAGAAAAGACUCUCCAGCGGGGCUUUUGUGGUCUUAGGGAAGUAGCUGCUGGACAAAAUCUAGGACGCUUUGCACUCUCCAUGUUGGCACGUCAUCAAUUAGUUGUACUGGAUCAUUUUGAUAUGCUAAUCGUAUUCCACCACUUUGCGCACAUCGCUAACGACAUUUCCCUUUUGUCAACAUUUGAUACACCAGGCAUUGCUAGCGGCUUGUCUGAAAGUAGACCCACACCCUUUUUAUUCCAAGGUGGAGCACGCACUCAACACUUGAGCCAUUUUCUGAAGAACACUACGCCGUAAAGUGAUCUGUGGAUUUUACAGGAACAAAAAAAAAAAACUUCAUUUUUUCCGUUAAAUUUAGUGAAGUACAAGUGGUUCGGUUUUUCCAUUUACAGUAAUCGACUGUAAAAAAAAUCUGCAGGGUUUACAGCAAUAUUAGAGGGAAAAUGUUUUUUUACAAUGCAUGACUGUAAAGGGAAAAACAGUUCCACAAUCAUUUUUACCGGAAUUUUUUAGUAAAAAUAAUGUAUUGCUCAGAAAAGUUCAUUAUGUCUUCUUAGACAUAUACUUUUUCAAAUGUUCUUGUAAUCAGACCAUAUUUUCGGUAUAUUAGAUGGAUUUUUUUACCUAGGUAAAA